GCAGCGGCCGCAGCAUGGAGCCGUACACGGUCCCGGGAGCGCAGCUCUCCCUGUCCGACCUUUACUCCGUCAUCCCCUUCAAUGUCACCUUCCCGGACGAGGAGAGCGGCUUGAUGGGCGACAGGCUGCAGAACUACACCGAGCAGCAGGGUCCGGUGAGGAGCGCCGGGGGUAUAAUCAUAGCCAUAUCCAUCACGGCUCUCUACUCGGUCAUUUGCGUGGUGGGACUCCUGGGCAACGUCCUCGUCAUGUACGGGGUGACCCCUAGAUACACCAAGAUGAAGACAGCUACAAACAUCUACAUCUUCAACUUGGCUCUAGCUGACGCCUUGGCCACCAGCACGCUGCCCUUCCAGAGUGCCAAAUACCUCAUGAACACCUGGCCGUUUGGGGAAGUCCUGUGCAAGCUCAUUAUUGCCAUUGACUACUACAACAUGUUCACAAGCAUCUUCACCCUUACCAUGAUGAGUGUGGACCGCUACAUCGCCGUGUGCCACCCUGUCAGGGCGCUGGAGUUUAGGACGCCGGUCAAGGCUAAGAUGAUCAACGUGCUCAUCUGGGUUCUGUCCUCAGCGAUUGGGGUGCCCAUUAUGAUCAUGGCUGUGACCAAAGUGACGGAUAGUGGUAAAACCAUGUGCAUGCUGAAGUUCCCUGACCCUGACUGGUACUGGGACACAGUGACAAAGAUCUGCGUCUUCAUCUUUGCUUUUGUGGUUCCUGUGAUGGUCAUCACCAUAUGCUACGGCCUGAUGAUCCUGCGUCUGAGGAGUGUUCGUCUGCUCUCAGGCUCCAAGGAGAAAGACCGCAACAUGCGCCGCAUCACCCGCAUGGUCCUGGUCGUAGUGGCAGCCUUCAUCAUCUGCUGGACCCCCAUUCACAUCUUUAUCAUUGUGAAGACCAUGGUGGAGAUUGACACCAGGAACCCCUUUGUGAUAGCUAGCUGGCACCUGUGCAUCGCCUUGGGCUACACCAACAGCAGCCUCAACCCUGUCCUCUACGCAUUUUUGGAUGAAAAUUUCAAGCGAUGCUUCAGGGAUUUCUGCCUUCCCUGUCGAACCCGCGUGGAGCAGCACAGCCUCACCAGAGGCCGCAACACCACCAGGGAGCCGGUGUCCGUCUGUGCUCCAACAGAAGCGGGGAAGAAGCCGGCAUGACUAGGCAUGGACUGGGUCCCCCACAGCUCUC